ACUGCUAAUCAAGGCCCAAGCACUUCGCAACACUGCGCUAAAGCUACACCCGUCGCAUUCCUCAACUUCUAUUCCGCUCGCUUAAAGCCUCGUACAAGUAAGUAGCCUUGACGCCCAUGAGUCGACUGGUGGUCGCCAUCGGCCACGUCGAGUUCACGGGCGGUAGAGAGGUCCUAUACGUCGUCAAGGUGCAGCAGGACGUCGACGAGUGGGAGGUGCGCCGCACGUACUCGGACUUCCGCAAGCUGCGCGACGAUGUCCAGCGCGUCAUGAAGGACGCGCGUGCGCACAUCCUGGACGACGCAUGCUCGCGCGAGUUUGCGCGCGAGUUGCAGGAACUGCCGUUCCCAGCCAAGCGGCUAUUCGGCAGCAAGAAGGACCACGUGGUCAAGGAACGCGCCGUGGAGCUGCACCGCUUCCUCAUUAAGCUUUUGUUCCUCACGCACAAGUACCGCAAGGCGCAGAAGGCGCGUUAUGAUCAGUAUAUUCAGGCACUACCGGCUCACCAACAGGCCGCGUAUGCGGCGCUGCAGGACCGCACACAGGCCAGCGUCAGUGUGUUCUAUCUGUUGCGAGACUUCUUAAAGCCGAUUACGAUCAAAACGGACGUACCGCCGCACUCAGGAGACUUAUUGGGGUCCGCAGGAACGGGCAAUAACAACGGGACAGGAGACGACGGCGACAACUCGCCUACGCGACUCAUCCGAGAGAGCAAAAUCUUGGCUAUGAGGAGCUCCAACCCCAGCAGCGAGAAGAAGAGCCGCGAGGCUGAAAAAAUGCAACAAAAGCGCAGAGAACAGCAACUGGGACAACUACGCAAAGAACAACACAAGCAACAACCUGUGGAACACAAGAACGAGGCCGUAAAUCCUGCUAACGACACGUCGCUUUAUGAGCGUAAUAGUACUCCAAAAACAGCCAAAAUGAACGACUUAUUGGCCGCAUCGGAACGUUCCAAGGCUGAAGCCAACUCCCUACGUGACCAGUUCUUACAGAAACAACACAGCACGUCAGCACUGGCCAAUGAACACCGGAAACAGCGACAUUAUUCGACGCCUGACGGUACUACUGGCGAGUGGAAAAACCGCAGUGCACGGGCAAUUACUUCUGCUACAACAGCGAGCUCAGUGGCGUCUUCACAUGACGAAUCCGAGCCGGAGAAGGAGAAAUUUAUCUCGUCUUCAGCCACUCCGUCCUCGACGUCCUCGACGGCAUCUGUUGAGGAAGUGAAGCUCGUGGAUUUGUCGUCUCUGGCGCAAUACAAGACCAAGAGAAGCUCUAGAAGAGGCAGCCACUCCAGUGACAAGUCCAAGUCGUCUCACAAAUCCACAAGCAAAGAGAAACGUGCCUCACGUAAAGAGAAGAAGAGUCCGUCGCGUACGAAGAGGAAGGCCAAGUCGGCCAAGAACAUCCAGAUGAGCGACUCUGAACGCAUGUCCCGCGUCAGUUCAGCGCUGAACGCUCAAGCCAUUUCGAUCAAUGCACAGCGAGAACUGGAAAAGUAUCUGACUGAGUACAGCGCCAUCAUGAUCUUACGUUACGUGGACCGGUUUAUCAAUAAGGCGGUGAUGAAAGCCCCUGGUUGUUACCGUGUGAAUGCACAACAUCGACUGGUUAUUGAUGGACAGAGAUUCCUCCAAGAACUGGAAGAAACCUUUACAGAUCUGCCGAAUAACUUUGGUGAAUUAUUCCGUGUCGGAGCUCCUGGAGACUCGGAUGAGUAUGGUUUCCCUCCAGCAUUGGACAAGUACGUACAGUUGAAGUGGGAUUCAUUCCAAGCUAUGGGCAGUAGCAGUGUCAGUCACGAUAACGGACACAGCAGUGCAGCGGAUCAAACUUCGGACUCGGAUGAUUCAGAUACGGAAUACGAGUACGAAGAAGUGGGCGGAGGCGGCUACAUGACGGCCAAGCAGCAGUUCUCGAACGAUGAAGAGUCCAUGUUGCAAGAAAUGAUUGCCAACGGUACAGCUGGACGCGAACAGAUGCUGCGACUUCGACGUCAAAUGAACGAACAAGGCUGGAAUCGGCGUGAGAAUCCAGGGUCUCGAUCGCACCGCGUGAUCGAGGAGGUUUCAUCGUCCGACUCGGAUGAAGAGGCGGUAGCUCGACAGAGAGAGAAGCGCAGAUCCAAGCGACGUGAACCCAAGCGGAGCGUGUCCUGCGUGGUGGAGAAAUACCAGCAGGAGCAGAACGCGAGACGGAAGGACCGCCUCAGUCGAGUGCAGAGUAUGGGCGGUCAGAGUAUUGGCGGUUUUGUGUAAAAUACAUUCAAGCGAGUGGUGCAGCGAUCAGGAAGCGAGAACUUUGAAACAGCACCAGAUUGAGGCGUCUACGAGCCUCUUCGAUCCAGCCCCAUGGUGUCGCCAUCGCGCUAAAAACAUUGAUGGAAUAAGUGCAGUAACAACCACACAAUCAACACGUCAGCAGUCUUUCUCUUUUUUUCGUUCUCCUUGCUCCUCUACAAAAUCUCGAGUCAGGUUACUGCCGUGGUGGUGGAAUAAGGAUAGUCGAGCGGCUUUGCUAGAUUUUUCGAGUUUAUCUGCAUACAGGCGGAGCUAACACUGGCGUAAUAGACUGUAUAAAUCAAUUAGCG